AUGUCGUUGCACAUCUACAUUGCUCACACUGGGGAGCAUUUCCUGGCUGGUCCAGUGGCAUUCGCCUCUCCCGAUGCUUUGAAGUCAUGGAUUGUGCGCGAGACAUCUAUUCCGCCUCCACGGCAAAUAUUGAUGACCGCCCGGGGAAAGAAUGUCAAAAUUCAAACGCUCGCUACCGAGAACGAGAUCUUUGUAUAUGAUCGACAAUACGUCAGUGAACCAGGCGAUGUCGAGUUUCCGGAACUACCUCCUCCUGAACCAUUCCGACCCGGUACCCCGCCAGCUAUCCUCAAAGACGUGAACGACCUUCAGGCAUGGCGGAACCUCUAUAUGACCCGGCGAAACUGGGCACUGGACUUGUCCAGUCGCUGUGGGUCGAUUGAUAAGAACCUCCGAGAACAUAACGAGCGAACCGAUGUCAUAAAUCGCGCGGUGGGCGUGGCUCUGGAGAAUCUCAAGUCUCAUGUGGGGAACCUAGAGCAUCGGUUCCAAGAGGCACAGUCGUGGGCGAAUAGCCUUCUAGAAGAACAGCAGGCUGCUAUAGAUGGCUGGCAACGAGCUCUUUCAACACUGGACAACAUCCCGGCACGUAAAGAUUUCCCUCUUCUUGGACGCCCGUCCACGCCCAAAAUGGACAAGGAUCGACCGACCGGAACGCUGCGUGACUUUGUCGAUGUAGGGGAGGUUCAACGGGCUGGAUCAGAGGCGGCAACUGUGUCGUCUGCCUUUGCUGGUAGCGUCCAUGAUGUCGAGAAGACAAUCGGUGACAUCGCUUCGGACACUCAACAACUGGUGGACGACGCGCUUGCCUCAAAUUUUGACGGGGUGGAUGGGCUGCUGGAAGAAGUGGAGACUAUUGCGAAGAAGAUCGGGUCUGAUUAUGAGCAUGUUCUCAGUCUGCCAACCAACCAGAAAACGUUGGCCAAUAUAUCUAGACUUGCAUUGAGUCAUACCCAGGACCUUCUUCCUUCGUUAGUGGAGAUCAGCGUCGAGCUUCAAGCUGCGCUGGAGCAUGCUGUGCAGCGCCGGGGAGCUGUGGAGAAAUCGGCCAUUGUGCAUAUGCGCACAAUUUCCUCCCUUGAGUCUAGACUUGCCGACGCCCAUGCACGAAUGGUCAAUCUGGACGUAGGGAGUAAUGCCUUUGAGGUCAUCUACUCUGUCUUCCAAAUGCCAAUGGUGUAUGGGUCGAUUCUUAUCGAAUCCGUGCGGCGGCGAGAAUGGAGUGAUAAGAUCAAAACUGACUCCCUGACGCUGGCCGAGGAGAUGGCAAUUUUGAGAGAUGAGGAGCAACGCCGCCGCAAAAAAUGGCUAAAGAAUAUGGGAGACUUUAUGACUGUGACUGAUUCCACCACACCAGGAAUCGAAGUCAACCUUCAAGGUCAGGAUGAGGAAUGGCCUGAAGUAGCUCGGAAAGAGAUCGAGUAUUACAUCGACGAUUUAAAGACCACUCAUUCCUUGACCAACCUAGCGGAGCAACUCACCCAGCAACUCAAGGAGCUGGAUGCACCCACUCGGCAGCAAAGACGACGGGCCAAAGCGUUCAAACAAGGCAGCGUAUUUGACUUGAGCCGGAGCUCCAUCUUACGCGCCGAUGACUCCGUCCGUAGCUUGCGAGAAGAUAAGACAAAGCUAGAAGAAAGGCUCAAGGGGUCUGACAGUCGCGUCCGGAAAUUGGAAGACCUUUUGCAUCGCCAGAGUCAGCUCAGCCGGCCAUCGAGUGGCACUUUCGGCCCAGACUUCCCCGGUUCACCUGCUUCUCCACACCCUGAUGCACUCUCUAGACGGUCAUCCGUCUCUUCAAGGCGAGUCUCAGCGACUCAGUCUCCAGAAGACAAAGCACUCAUCCAGCGUAUUGUUACGCUUGAAGCAGAGCUGGCGGCUGAGAGAGAUGUGGUUCAGAGACUCCAUAAGGAAGCCCACGCCGAGCGGCAAACCAACUCCGACAAGUACCAAGAAGCUCAAUCCACCAAAAAGGACCUCAUAGGCAACCUUGAAGCGCGCCAACGCGAAUUCGAAGAUGAGCGCCGAUAUCUGGACUCGGAGUUAAAGAAGUUCAGACUCCGUACCGAGGAAAUGGAAGAAGAGCUUGAUCGACUCAUGGAUAGUAGAGAGCAUGGAAGACAGGAGCUUGACGAUCGGAUGCACCAACUCGAAGUCGAUCUUGAAAAUGCUCACGCCAAUUCCGCCGAGGACGCACAGAAAAUCAUUGAUCUUAAUUCACAGAUUCAAACUCGGCAAGAGCGUGAAGACAGCCUCCAGGCUAAGAUUCAUGAUCUCGAGCAUCGACAAACGGAGUUUGAGCAAAAGCAUCAAGAAAGUUACCAAGCCCUCGGAGCUAUCUUCAUGAACCUCUCGCCUGGGGGUAUUGUACCUGUCGAACUUCCCGACAUAAUCAAAGCCAUUGAAGUUCUCUCUGAGGGUCUGUCGAUUCACGCCAAGAGCGCGGAAUCAAAUGCAUCCCAGGCAAUGGCUGAUAACAAGGCCCUUGAAACACAAAUUGGCAAAUUCGAGUCGGAGGCAGAAGAGCGGACAAAGACCUUGGACGAAUGCAAGGCCGAAUUGUCGCGAAUAACUGCAGAUCUCUCAAGCGCGCGAUCCAACUCGGAGCACUUGACCGGUGAACUGGAAAAAGAGCGAUCCAAGUUCAGUUCCUUGCACUCCCAAAUAACUGCCGGAGAGAGUGGUUCCGAAGCGCUGCGUGAACAAGUCGCCGAAGAGGAACGGAAACAGGCAGAGCUAUCACAGAAACUGACUGAAGCUGAAAGUGAAGUUCAAAAUUUGAAAGAUCAGGCCACAGAAUGGGAGAGAAAAGCAGGGGCCACCUCGGAGACCGAGGAACAGGCUGUGGCGCGAUUCGAAGCUCGGGGUACCAAGUCCUUCGAGCUUUCAAAUCAACUCUUCGCGCAGGUUGAGAAACUGGGUCGGAUGCUCGAGCAAUUGGGUUUCACCAUCAUUCAGCAAGACGGCCAGCUCCUUGUCCAGCGUGCUUCGAAGCUCAGUGCAUCGUUGGGCCUGGGUGAAAGCCUCGCCCAGUCAGGUAUUGUAACCCUGAAGCCGGAUACAGCGCUUCUAGACUGGAUGAAAGCCGAAAGCCCGGAGGACGAAGAUACCAAAUUCUCGGCUUUCAUGGAAAGUCUAGCUCAAUUUGACGUGGCCCUAUUUGGUGAUGUUGUCGUCAAACGUGUCAAGGACAUCGAACUGUUAGCCCGCAAAUGGCAAAAGGAAGCUCGCGGCUAUCGUGAAAAAUACCAUCGAGUUCAGAGCGAAGCUCAUGACAAGAUUGCCUACAGAUCCUUCAAAGAAGGCGACCUUGCUCUCUUCCUUCCCACACGAAAUCAAGCCAUUCGCUCCUGGGCAGCCUUCAACGUGGGUGCGCCGCACUAUUUCCUCCGCGAGCAAGAUUCACACAAACUCCAAGCUCGAGACUGGCUUCUCGCCCGCAUCACCAAGAUCGAGGAACGAGUUGUAGAUCUAUCCAAAUCAAUGAACGGUGUCGCAUCGGACCGUCGCUCCCUCGGGGACACCAGCGACGGCGCCUCUCUAGCCGACGAGAACCCAUUCGAGCUUUCGGACGGCCUCCGUUGGUAUCUCCUCGACGCCGUAGAAGAGAAGCCCGGUGCGCCUGCCACACCAGGCAUAGCGAAGAGCACAGUUGCAUCGGCGCACGUUGAUGCAAAGGGUAGCAUCCGCCUCAAACGUGGUACGGACGAGGGCGCCAUUGCCAAAACCCUAUCUAGGAGCCUUGAUAGCCGCCGCGAGAGCUCGAAUUCUAAGCGAGGCACCCCAACGCCGUCACAACACGCUGUCGAAUCCACGACUGAUCUUGUGCGCCUUGCCGAAGCUGACGCUGGCUCGCAGCCUAGAGAGGCUGCUCCGAUCUUCGACCAGGUUCGCCGUGACUUGCUCUCCGGCCCGUGA